CUGACUGACACUGAAACUGGAAGAAUACAAGACUUUAAUCAUAAAUGUUCUGAAAAAAAUAAAAAAGGAAAUAAAUAACAAGUGCAUUGGAUUACUGGAAGGGGGGCGGCGAUCUGGUGGUUUCCCUUUCCCACGCGUUUCCGUUCAAAUGGAGUCUCACGGUGCCGGACUCCGCCGCGUCUUUCUCCUGGCUUUUUGUGUCGCUGGGAUUUGGGCGGCUUACAUUUAUCAAGGCGUUCUUCAGGAGACUGUGUCGACAAAGAGAUUUGGUCCUGAUAAGAAGAGGUUUGAGCACUUGGCGUUCUUGAACUUAGCACAAAAUGUAGUAUGUUUAAUGUGGUCUUUUUUGAUGAUAAAGAUUUGGUCAAAUUCUGGUAACGGCGGUGCUCCAUGGUGGAGUUACUGGAGUGCUAGCAUUACAAACACCAUUGGCCCGGCUAUGGGGAUUGAAGCACUGAAGUACAUUAGUUAUCCUGCUCAGGUGCUGGCAAAGUCCUCAAAAAUGAUUCCAGUGAUGCUGAUGGGAACACUAGUUUAUGGGAUUAAAUAUACCUUCCCUGAGUAUGUUUGCACAUUGCUUGUCGCUGGAGGUAUAUCCACUUUUGCACUAUCAAAGAGUAGCUCGAAGACAAUAAGCAAACUAGCACACCCAAAUGCUCCAAUUGGAUACAGUCUUUGUUUUCUGAACCUUGCUUUUGAUGGAUUCACCAAUGCUACUCAGGAUUCAAUAACGGCCAGGUAUCCGAAGACAAAUGCAUGGAACAUAAUGCUUGGGAUGAACUUAUGGGGUACCAUUUACAACAUGAUAUUCAUGUUUGGCUGGCCAGGUGCUAUCGGAUAUGAUGCAAUUCGAUUCUGCAAGCAACAUCCAGAGGCAGCAUGGGACAUUUUUCUUUACUGUCUUUGUGGAGCAGUCGGCCAGAAUUUUAUCUUUUUAACUAUUAGUCGGUUUGGAUCCUUGACUAACACAACUAUUACCACAACACGAAAAUUUGUGAGCAUAGUGGUGUCUUCACUGUUGAGUGGAAAUCCUCUCUCGGAGAAACAAUGGGGAAGCGUAGUCAUGGUCUUCACCGGAUUGUCAUACCAAAUUUACCUAAAAUGGAAGAAGUUGCAAAGAAUGCAGAAGAAGCGGAAGUCCACAUGAGUUAGCUCGUGAAGUUUGCUACUAAGACUUAUCAUUCUUAACCUUAAGAUAAAAAUUCUAUGUGAAAGGCCUAGUGGUCAAAUUGUAGGUAUAGGCAUAGAAUAUUUGUAUCCCUGAAGUCAUAAGUUUCAUAACGUGAACUGAAUGACUGGGAUAGUUUUUGUAGUUUCUUGCUACAUUUCAGCGUAGACAGUUCUGAUUAAUUCUAUUUUCCAAACAAGAUGAUGAGCAUAACGGUAAAGGUGCUAUACAUGCUUAAACAAUCUAUGAUAAGUUCUUCAG